CGGAGGCGGAGGCGGCGGCGGCGGCGGCGUGGGCGCGGCGACCGUAGCCUGCGGUGGGGCGGGCGAGUCCUCCGCUCUCGUUCCCGGGAUCCCUAACAGCAGACCCCCACCCGGGGAGGCAACCCCGGAAGACCGCCAAGAGAUUGCCCCGAGGGCGGGGAGUGAGGCCAGCCGGGCGCUCCUGGUAACCCGCCCCUCCUCGUCACGCGACCGCGCGGGGCGGAAACGGGGCUCCCAAAGGCCGCAGCGACUCCCCAACAGGUUGGCGAGGAGGAAUCUUCAGAAAUCCAUCCCAGCUAUUUACGAUGCUGCCCAAACCUGGGAUCUAUUACUUCCCCUGGGAAGUCAGUGCUGGCCAAGUUCCUGACGGGGGCACACUGAGAACAUUUGGCAGGUUGUUCCUCUAUGACAUGACCCAGUCCCGAGCGACCCUGAAAGCUCAGCGCGGAUCUGACGAGCACCAGAUCCUGGUCUGCACCAAGUUGGUGGAGCCGUUCCAAGCCCAGGUGGACUCCCUGUACCUCGUCCUUGGAGAGCUCGAGCACCAGGAUGGAGGGUCCGUGGUGAAGGCCCGGGUGCUGACUUGUGUGGAAGGAAUGAAUCUACCCUUGUUAGAGCAAGCUGUCCAGGAGCAGAGGCGGUACCAGCAAGAGAGGGACAGCAGCCAGUAGCAAAUUGCACUUCCUGGCAACCGUCCCCCCAGUCUGCUCCUGAGACCAAGCCCACCAGAGAUGCCUGAGCAGAGAAGAUGAAGAUGCAGACCUUCCCCAGAGUGACAGCCCUUUUCUGGAGCCUGAGAGAAGAGGAGGGGUUGCUUAUUUGGAUUGUUCCAGACACACACACAC